AUGGCCCGACCUUACGACCCCCCUUCUCACAUUCCACCCUUCGUGAAACCGAUCAUUCCUUACAUCAGGACCCGUCAGGAAGCUCUCCGCAUCCGUCAGGUGUUGACAUUAUACCUACGCUCGUUCAUCGUGUUUCGCGACGAGACAGACCAGCCAUGUCACGCCCAAUCCCAUCUCUCCCUGUGUGCGCCAGCCGACAACGUCGUGGAUGUCAAGCGCAUCCCGGCCGACUUUCCGGGACUUCGAAAAGAAUUUCUCGAGGCGCUAAAAACCAAUUUUGCUGCUCGAAAGGAGUUUCAUGCUGUGUCUGAUGAUGUGGCCGCGCUCCGACGUCAACUGAUGUCUAAGAAUCGCCCCUCGGAACCUGUCGAUCCCCAAGACCUCAGCGGGGACAUGCGAGAUUAUCUUCAAUUGCUGCGCGAUCGGCGGCGCCAUACCAAACUCCGAGUAUUCCAGCACUACCUAGAAGAAUUGAAAGCAAAGGAAGCGGGUGAGCCAGAAUUAAUGGGUAUGGGAGAGAGCUCCGAUCAGCAAUUACUGCUCUCUGAAGACUUGCAUACAAAUAAUCCUGAUCGCCAGCGUUCGGAUACCGAUCUAGAGGGAUUAGUCCACCGACUUGAGAGAGCAGUGGUGCGGGCUCGAGCACAAUUGGAUCGAGAGAAACAGCUGUUUGAAAAAGCUAAGGCGCAACAUAAUUCAAGGACCAAUGAGUUGCCUAGUGAGGCUGCCGCAGCAGCCAAAGCCCGUGCAUUACAGCGGACCCGUGAUGAACUGGUGCAGUGGGUUGAGGAACGCCUGGUUCCCGAGGGUGAUCCGGAGGAGAGCAUGAUACAGGAUCUCUCGGCCGAGGAAAUUGAGGAGACGCAGCGCGUUCUCGAACACCAAAAAACUGAAAUCACGGAGCAGUACAAUGCCUACCUCCAUGCUCGUCGAGACCUUCUCGAUGCCGCUUCUAGGGCCUGCCAGCCAGUGACUGCGACUUCGAAACCACCAUCGCGACCCAAUUACAAAACCGACAAUGUCCCCGAAGAAGGACCACCACCGAAUUCAUUGGACGUUCUGUCCUAUGCGAACGAGGUCCUUGUACCCCUCUCCAAAACACACAAAGCUCUAGCACUCCAAAGAUCCUACUUAUCUGGACUUCUCACAAAAGAGAAAACUACGGCUCUCCGCGCCCUUCAUCGCCUCUCCGACGAAAGCCACCUCCUCCCCGAAUACCCCAUCUUGUCCCGACAGCCACGCUUCAAGCAUGCUGUGGCGGCUCUGAGCUCCCGAAAUCUAUCCUCGACCUCUGACCAGAAUCCGCCCGACGAAGUUGUGAGCCUCGCCGAGGCGUGGGCAUUUGCAUCCAAUGCCGCGGGAACGAAUGAGCGGGAAUACGUGCAGCAAAAGGUUGUCUUGGGCACCGAGGUCGCACAGGAUGCGCGCAAGACGCUGGAGGAGGUUUAUAACACUCUCAAUCAGGAUUUGGAGGACGUCUUGCAAGAGAAUACCCCACAUGAGGCAGAUCCGUUGGAUAUUUGGGCCUCCGAAGCUCGCUCCCGGCGAGCGGCCGGCAAUCAUGCCGGUGGGUCCCGGUUGGAGAGGCGCCCGAAAGGGCCCUGGUCAGGGUUGAAUGGCCGCGUCGGAACGGAGUGA